AUGUGCGCUGCCAUAAGGCGACUUGCGACAGACUUCUCUAGGCUUCUUCUGGGAAGAAACACUAUGUGGCCUGUAUUGCAAGCUCGCCCUCUUUCUGUUUCUCCGGCGCUCCUAGACAGCAUUCGAGAUGCUCACAAAGCUGGUACAAAAGUUGCUGGAGUUGCACAGGAAGUUAUGGAAGGCACAUCUGGUGCAGGUCGAUUCACUGCUGUUAAUUUACAAGGGAUAGAGUCACGAUUUCCUACUGCCGAAACGUUGAAGACGGAGUUUGAUGGGAUUCCAUACUGCGAUCUGCCUAUUGUGUACAUUAAAGCUACCAAGAACAAUACUUUGGUCACAGUAAUGGACAAAAAAAACCAUGUGAUUAUCUACACAUCAUGUCGAUUGGAGGGAUUCAAACAUGCCCGUAAAAAGACUACAAUUGCCGGCCAGACAACAGGAGUUGCCGCUGGACAGAGACUCGUUCGAAGAGGAGUUCGUACGGUGCGCGUGCAGGUGAAAGGACUCGGUCCCGGACGUAUGACCUGCGUCAAAGGUCUCACGGUUGCUGGUGUUCAUGUAGUGAGCAUUACAGAUCAUACUCCUCUCAAAGAACUUGGUCCAAGGCCGAAGAAAAUUAGGAGAGUUUAG